AUGCAAGGGUUGUCGCCAUGUAGACGCCUAUCGAUCGACUUCGAUGCUGUUGUCUUACCUGACCCUGACACUCUUGAUCUCAAUCAUCCCAACGAGCUCCCUCAGGCUUACAAGCUUGAUGAUAUCAAAGUUGAAUACCAUCCACAUAGCAAACUUCCUUCCGUUGUACAUCACUUUGCAGAUUUUUCUCACAGCUGCUCUUCAGAGGGUCAGGUACCUUGUAACGACGCACCAUGGGAACCCUUCCAGACUGGCGCAGACAAAUUUACAUUGCAAAGUCACAAUGAGGUUCGCUCACUGUGGGAAAUAGCUUUGCAGCGGUAUACACCGUUUCAAAAGGAUGUAGUAUCUGUUGAGUACGACAAUGAGACACAUGAGUUUGACAUGCACUACCGCCCUCUCUGGGACUGGGUGCUUGAUUUAUUGCGAGACAGCCAACAGUUCGUCCGCUUCAUUGAUGAACCAUGGACUGCUGAUGCCUUCUGGAAUGCACAAUCUCAACUUCCGCCAGAUGCAAAGCCGCUCACAUUCAUUCUGUAUGCUGACAAAAAUAAACUGUCUACUUUUGGGACUGCAAAAGGAUAUCUGAUUGUUGCAUGCAUUGCAAACCUGCCUGUUCAUAUUCACAACGGAAAUAUGACCCUAGGAGGAGGUCGCAUUGUUGGUUGGUUGCCGAUUGUUGCUAAGAAUCAAAAACAUACAAGAAAGAAGAGCAUUAUAGACUUCAAAAACGCAGUGUGGCACAAAUCCUUCUACCAGCUUCUCAAGUCAAUCGAGCUGCACUCAAAAAAUGGCUACUGGUUUGAAUGCGGGGAUCAGACUCAGCACCGUCUCUGGCCUCUGAUAUUGAUUUUAAGCGGAGAUUAUGAAGAAAAGGCAAGUUUCCAUGCCCAGUCUAGCAAAAUGUAUGGAAAAGAGAAGGCAGAGGAUCUAAAGGCAUGCUCACUCCAAAAUGUUGAGAAUGUAUUUUCGAAAUUUUUUCUUACUGAUGAUCAUCUAUGGAAGGAGCUUCUAUUCUGGAUCUCUGAUCUUGGACAGGAAGCUGCUACCAAACUCGAUGCAAACUUUGAUGCUAUUCCACGAUGGCCCAACUUGACACACUUUAAGGCUGUGAUGUUGGUCAAUUUCAACGAUGGUUCAUUUCACGAGGAUAUUUCAAAGCUUGUUCUCUUUACAGUGCAGGAUGUCCUACUCAAAUCAAAGUCUAAGAUAGGAUACCUCCUUCUACGCUGCAUCCACUAUUAUCUCGAGCUCAACAUCUAUGCUUCAUUCAAAGUUCACACCAAGGAGACUAUUGUGGCUGGAAGGGCGACCUUGGUUAAGUUCUCAGAAUUGAUGGAUAUAAGUUUUUCAGAUGAAUAUAUUACUCAGUCACAGCCUGAAAUGAAUAAAAAUUGGAACUUUCCGAAAAAGCACAUGAUCACCCACAUAUUCAACGAUAUUUUGGCCAAAGGUGCGACACACAACUACAACACCAAGCUGAAUGAGAAGAUGCAUGGCGCUUUACGGAAAAUUUACCUUCAAUGGACAAACUUUAAGGACAUUGCUCCUCAGAUCUUGAACUAUGAUCAUUGGCUUUUAACAUUGGCAUGUAUGCGUACCGAGCUCGAUGAGCUUGACGACUAUGUUCGAAAGGCUACCAAUGACCCAGAGACAAAUGAACCUCUGGAUAUCGAAUUAGCAGCAGACCCUGUCAUCCAUGCACACUUAGGUUCGAAGCAAGGCCAACACUCUUUUUCAGACAUUGCAUGCGCACAUGAAACUGACCGGGCCUUCAACGACUUUCAGACAAAGCUAAAUGGCUUUUUGAAUGUGUUCUUACCGCAGAAUGACAUUCCCUUACCAGAUGGAAGGGCCCUUUGUCCCGGAGCCGAGGAUGAGAUUACAGAGUUCCGCUUCCUGUGGGUGAAUUAUGAGUCCAUGGUUGAUUGGCGCAUGCACCAAGACUUACUUCGGUGCAGCCCAAAAUUUUAUGAAUCACCGAGGUUUGAUUGCGUCAUUGUCAAAACUACUGGCAAACCGUUCAUCGCUCGGCUUGUAUACUUGUUUGGCUGCUCAAUUGGUAAUACUCAUUUCCCUCUGGCCCUUAUACAUCCUUAUGAUGCUGGUAUCGGUAUUCAUCGAAGGUGGGAUGUUGAUCUGGGAUUGUGGCGUGUACGUGCAAAACCUUGGUCAUCAUCUGAGAUCAUUUCGGUCUGGUUGAUUAUCUGA